GCCACUUUCAGCGUCUGUCGCAUUCAACGCCUUUACGAUAUUGUACUAGUGGUAUAUCUGGCAGAGAACACAGGAUCAACUCCUUUGAAUUCCUACGCACUCGGCUCAAUUCUCGAUCCGACCCGAGAGGAUAGUCCCCGACGGCCGCCACGAUCUACGAUCGUCGUCCCUCUUGAUAGUCCUCCAGAAAGACAGCUUACUCUACUUACUCAGGUGUUUGAGUACCGCGAGAUAUGGGUAACUCACUUUCGGCCCUCGCUCAAGCAUUUCCCCCGAAACCACAAUGGUCUGUCGAUAGCAUACCAGAUCUUUCUGGGAAGGUCGUGCUGGUCACUGGCGGUAACACUGGUAUUGGAAAAGAGACGGUGAAGGCUCUUCUGACCCAUAACGCGAAAGUUUACCUCGCUGCUCGCGAUGCCUCGAAAGGUCUCAAAGCUAUCGAAGACCUGAAAGCGAGCACAGGGGGCAAGGAGGCACUGUUCUUGAAGCUCGACCUGGCGGAUCUUAGGAGCGUGAGGCAGGCAGCAGAGGAGUUUCUGAGCAAGGAGCAGGAGCUUCACAUACUGUUCGAGAACGCUGGAGUUAUGAGUUGUCCUGUUUCGAUGCUGACAGAGCAGAAGUAUGACUUGCAAUGGGGGACGAACGUUCUUGGACAUUUCCACCUUCGCUCUCUCCUCCUCCCCGCCCUCGUACGCGCCUCUACUCUAGAGCACAAAUCGCGCAUCGUCAUCACCUCAUCCUCCGCGUCAUAUCUUACCACCGGGAUCAACUGGAAUGCGUUCAAUAACAAGAAUGGAGGAGAAACGGAGAGGGAGAAGUUAGGACCACCAGGGCUGUACAACCAGUCGAAAUUCGCUAACGUCGUCGUCGCACGAGAGCUGGCACGGAGAUAUGGAGACAAGUUAGUCGUAAUGAGUUGUAAUCCCGGCAACUUGAUAUCCAACCUCCAGCGGUACCUUCCCUCCUUUGUCAAAUGGUUUGCGGAUCGUUUCAUCCUGUACCCUGUUCCGUAUGGUGCUUUGACGCAGCUUUGGGGAGCCACAGCACCCGAAUGUGUGGAUUAUAACGGAAAGUUCCUUAUCCCCUGGGCCCGGCUGGGUGCUCCGAACCCAUCUACCCAAGAUCCGGAGUUGGGAGAGAAAGUAUGGACGUGGUUGGAGGGGGCUUGUGAUGGGUAUUAGUCUGAUUCAUUCGUAAGCUGUAGACACGCUUUGUGGACGCUUUGACUUGUGGAUGCAUUGACCUCUUUCUUGUAUACACCUUGACGGUGAGGAUCAAC